UUGAGAAUGUCAGUGCGCGUUUAUUAGUAGAGUAGCGCCAGAGUUCAGUACGUGGCAGGGGGAAAAUCAGCGAGCUUCUCGAAAAUUUCAGAUCGGAAAUUUGUAUCCUAGGUACUCAACUGCACGCACAGAAUUCACAAGCAUUAUUUGUUGCAGAGUCCAGGCUUUGUACGAUACAGCUAAAAAAUGCAGAUGUGUCCCGCUAUCUUGGUUUUCAUCCUGUGUUGUCUUUGUCGGACGACUGAUGCUGAGGUGUUCACCUCCAUCGGGCAAAUGACAGACCUAAUCUUCACGGAGAGGGAGUUGGUACAGUCCCUGAAAGAGUACAUCAAAGCUGAGGAGUCCAAACUUGCAGCUGUCAAAAGUUGGGCGAGUAAACUGGAUGCCCUGACGCGAGCCUCCACAUCCGAUCCUGAGGGCUUCCUGGCUCACCCUGUGAAUGCCUACAAGCUAAUGAAGAGACUGAACACCGAGUGGUCUGCGCUGGAGAGCCUAGUGCUUGAGGACCCCUCUGAUGGCUUCAUCUCCAAUAUCUCGGUGCACAGACAGUACUUCCCUGACGAGGAGGAUGAGAAGGGUGCGGCCAAAGCUCUGAUGCGCCUGCAGGACACGUACAAACUGGACUCGGAGAGCUUCUCCAAAGGCAAACUGCCCGGUGGGCGGUACAACACUCACCUGACGGUGGACGACUGCUACGACAUGGGCAAGACGGCGUACAACGAGGUAGACUACUACCACGCCGUGCUGUGGAUGCAGCAGGCCCUCAGGCAGAUGGACGCUGGCGAGGAGGCUGACGUGCCCAAGAGCGACAUCCUGGACUAUCUUAGCUACUCCGUGUACCAGAUGGGGGACCUGCCCCGAGCCAUCGAGCUCACCCGACGCCUGGUAGCCAUGGACCCUGGCCACCAGAGGGCAGGAAGCAAUCUGCGUUACUUUGAGAAGCUGUUGGCCAAAGAGCUGAAGGAGACGGCAGAGAUGACUACGGUGCCGGCCACUGAGCAGCCUAUCCAGCUGGACACGUAUGAACGUCCACGUGACUACCUGCCCGAGAGAGAGAUCUAUGAGGCCCUGUGCAGAGGAGAGGGAGUUAAAAUGACGGAGAGGAAACGCAGCCGUCUGUUCUGCCGCUACCAGGACAGGAACAGGAACCCCAGGCUGCUGUUGAAACCCAUGCUGGAGGAGGAUGAGUGGGACAGCCCCCACAUCGUCCGCUACCUCAACGCCCUCUCCGAUGAGGAGAUUGAGAAGAUCAAGGAACUUGCCAAGCCCAGGCUGGCAAGGGCCACCGUAAGAGACCCCAAAACCGGUGUUCUGACCACGGCCAGUUACAGAGUAUCAAAAAGUGCUUGGCUGGAGGGAGAAGAGGACCCGAUCAUUGAACGUGUCAAUCAGAGAAUAGAGGACAUCACAGGUCUCACAGUGAAGACUGCAGAGUUGCUUCAGGUGGCUAACUAUGGCGUAGGAGGACAGUACGAGCCUCACUUUGACUUCUCAAGGAAAGAUGAGCCUGAUGCAUUCAAAACAUUAGGCACUGGAAAUCGUGUGGCUACAUUUUUAAAUUAUAUGACUGACGUGGAGGCAGGAGGAGCUACCGUAUUCCCUGACUUUGGUGCCGUCAUCUGGCCCCGGAAGGGAACGGCAGUGUUUUGGUAUAACCUGUUCCGAAGUGGUGAAGGAGACUACCGAACCAGACAUGCAGCAUGCCCUGUAUUAGUGGGAAGCAAAUGGGUGUCAAACAAGUGGAUCCAUGAGAGGGGUCAGGAGUUCAGAAGACCAUGUGGCUUAUCAGAGGGCGACUGAGCCCAGAUGUUCACACAUACACAUACAAAUACACACACACACACACACACAUGCAUAUAUAAACACGCACACACACACAUGUAUAUAUAAACACACACACUCACACACACAAGCACAAAUACACACAAUAUACAGACUUUUCACCUUAAAAUGCCUAUUAUAAAAUGCACCACUCCAGGCGCUUCUGGAUGUUGUAAGACCAGACCAGAGACAUCAUGGAGACCGACCCCUGACAGCCGUUUAAACUAGGGUCACACCAAACCGACUCCUAACAUUAGCGCCAGUGCCAGCUCACUAAGCAAAGACUACUGCUGACAGUCAGCUAGCCAUAGAUUCUGCACCUGCAUAACAUGCAUAUGCAAAGGUGUGUACAUCCAAAACAUAGGUGCUUGCUUACCUUUGUUUUUCACAUUACUCUUGCUCUCCACAAACAGUUUUGUAAUAUAGCUACUUUUUAUUGAGAGUAUGUCUAAAAUGAACCUGCGAAUGACAUUGCGUUUUCAGCCCUGGAAGAAAGAAAGAGGCAGAGAGGAAAAAGUAGUGAGGUAAAUUAAGGUGAAACCACAUCAUCAGAGCUAGUCAUCCAGAGGAAAAACGCUGACUACCAGGGUUCAGCACGUUGAAUCCACCGGAAAUAAACAACAAACAUCCAGUGGUGCCCUAACGGUUCGACUUGGGCCACAGAUGCUGACCGUGGCCAGCUAGAUACAGCAAGAUGGAAGCUAUCUGACCGCCAGCUGUCGGUUUGGUGUGUCCCGGGCUUUAGGCCAGACAGUCACUAUGUUUACAUGCACUUUAGUAUCCCGGUUAUGGUCAGCAUGUUGAAGUAUCCUGGGUUUUAGUUUGCACAUGUAAACAUCAUAUCCCGAUUUCAGAACCCCAGAUAAACCUGUAUCCUGGUUUUGAGAAAUUUGGUUACGCUAGCUGGAGUAUCCCAUUCACCUUAUCACCUUGCAAACACACGUGGGUAUGCUAAUAUAAUUUUAUUGUUGGUAACUGGGAUACUAUUCAUCAUGUAUACAGGGAUAUUAAUAACCAGGUUUCUCUGUGUUCAUGUCAUCACCAUUAUCCUGAAUAGGAUCAAAAUAGGAUCAAAACCUCAUAACCGGGAUACUGAAGUGCAUGUAAACGCAGUCACUAACAGACUGGUGAGGGUUUGGCUCCGCUGCAUUCCAGGUGUUGACCAAAAAAAAAAAAACAUUGACUGCCAUCUGGGAACUACUGUUCAUUUGUGCUUUUGUUGAAAAGUAUCAUUGAAUACAAUAAACAGUGCUGACUUGUUUUGAA